AUUGAGGCCUCGCGAAAGCGACUAGUCCGGUUUCUGAUCAAACUAAUUCGAACAUGUGUGGCUGAACCACUGCGACACCAGCGCCAUUUUCGCAUGAAGUACACAGAAGAUUUAAAUCUCACCUCUCUCGAGGAGUCCCUCGUUUCCACCGCGAACAAAGUGCUUGACAUGGCUUCGACUGAUCGGUCUCUACUGGCUGUUCGUCCGAUCGCUCGAACAUUUUUGGUCACUCUGGCAAGAGUUCAGACCCAAGUUGCUACUGUGGUGGAGCUCACGGCAAAAGAAGGCCGGUACUUGUGUCGAAGACAACCAUCCGUCCCAACCACAACGAAGGGCACAUUCAGUAGACGUAACUCCUCGCCAUCCCAAUUGUCGUUCUUCGUUGAAGCUGUCACAUCGGAGGUUGAUCAAACGGACGUGGAUGCAGGACGUGAACCACGGGAUGUAACAAAAGGCCGUUUCCUGCUUCCAACAGCUACCUCCUUGCCUCUGUUACAUUCUGAUCCUCCAAAAGGGUUCACUGGUUGUGAUCGCGACAAAAUGGCAAACGAAAUGACAUCGCUUAUUGAACUUCUGAUUGAGGUUGACCAUGAUAUGGCCAUAUUUGAGUUCGCCCUUGUCUCUUCCAUCUCACGCCGACUGCGCACGGAAGCGGAGGCCGACUCUGUGCAGGAGGUGGCAGUGCUCUUCUCGGAGACUCUGGAAUGGGCACUCUCUGUGGGUCUGAUCGAUGCUCGCCAGUUGUCGGAACGCGAUCCUCUUCUCUUUUUCGCUUUGCCUCGCCUUGCUGUUCUUGUGGGAUGUCUCCUCCUGCCUAAUUCACCCAUCGGACCUAAUCGACUCAAUGCCGGUGGUCGUGCACCCUUCAUGUUUGCUGAAUCAACUCGAGAUCUGACCUAUCUCUCGCGUCAGCUGGCCGUGCUCCGCGCGGAUCAAUUGUGGCGUCUAGCCUGUUGGACCUCACCAUUUGGUCUCUCUGACUCGGAAGCGCGUUGUGUUGAUGCUGCAGCUGCUAAUGCUGCCGGAGGUGAAGGAGCGGUGAAAAAGUCCACAAUGCAGCCUCGCAGUCUGGUAUUUGGGUGGAACACCUACGGUCUUCACUGCAUUUACAAGUGCAUCGCACGCGUGGCUGGAAAUCUGUCGGCCAAUCAUCCCUCAGAGUACAGAGAUAUACUGCAGGUAGUGAUUGAGGCUGUUGACAUGGCACGGAAGCGAGUUCACCCGGUAAGCUCGUUUUUUUUUCUACUUUUCUAUCUUCAGCUAGCAAUAGAACUCAAUGAUCCCUCCACAUCCACACGGCAGAGUGAGUCUCCAGAUUCGGAGCACCAGCCUGAUUUACAGCCAAUUUGUCCACUGGAUGAUGAAGCAGCAAGGGGGUGCCUACGCGAUGGUUGCAUCCACAAUGUCCGUCUGGCCGAUCUCUUUGACUGGCAUGCCGUUGUAGCUAGCAAAGCGACUAAACGGCCAUUCGCGGAUCUCUUUCACCGGCGCAUCGAUGAUGGAACUAAUCAGACGACGCCUGAGUUGCACUCUCCAGAAGGUGUCCUUGAAAUUGGAGUCGAUGUGGCGGCUACCCUGGAUAGUGAGGGGAAGGAUGGGGACUUUGAAGAACGAACUACCAGUAAAAUCACCAUUUCUACUCCACAUCCUUCGGAGUCUUUUCCAGAAACUGAAAGUAAGACCCCAGCAGAUGCCUUUGUGGGUCGGGGGUUAGAUCUCGUCAUAGGAAAUGCCACUUCUCGGUCCAUUCUCCUCGCUUUCCUGCGUUCCACACCCAUUGAGGAUACCAUCCCUGGGGAUCCACCGAAUCCCCUCUACCCUUUGGCGCCAUGGCAACCAGAUCAUUUUAUGGGUGUAGGCGACGUCGACACCACUAAUGAAAACGACGAUUCAGAUGCUCUAGAUGACACUUCAGAGGACGCAGAGAGUAAUGAUGUACGCCGGUGGCGCAGCGGAGCUGCCCGAGUCGGCCGAGAGUGCGCUCGAUGCAAGGCUCGCUUUCUAGCUCUUUUGCGUCGACGCCACCAUUGCCGACGCUGUGGACACAUUUUCUGCGCCUCGUGUUGCAGCGAAAAGGCGCCCGUGGCUGCUCUACUCUCUGCUGAUGGUUGCCCAUCACCUUCGAGCAAUGGUAAUAGCGGUGGUAUUGGUGGUGAUGGUGUGAAAAUGGUGCGGGUGUGUGUCGAGUGUGCGGAAUUCGUGCGGUCAGGGCUGGCAGAGGCGUUGGAUCAGGCUGUUAUUUCAUUCUGA